UAUAGACUAGAUUUGCUUUGCAUUGUCCCCACAUGAUGGCAAUGAUAUAGUAGGAUCCAAUUAGAUUCUUGAUCAAUAUGGUUGUUGCUACGUUGUUGUACGGUGUUUUUGGUCAAUGUGCCCCUUUUUUAACUUUGAGCCCCGGCCCCUCCAAAGGUCUCUGCACGGCCCUGUCCUAAUACGACAAAGGUGAAAAAGUUCAAGUCGUAUGAACACUUAAGCAACGCAUCGGGAAAAUUACCACAAAAUUUUUAUUUUGUGGUAAUUUGUGGUAAUGUGUGUUUUUGACCAAUAUGAAUUCUUUCUCCCAGCUAUCAGGCUCAUGUUACUCCUCGGAGACACCUUCUUUUGUGGGGACACGGCCCCGCUGCCAUUGUUGUCCUUGUCCCGGUGAUGUAAUGGUGAUGUAAUCCGGAGCCAAUGCAGCAGGUGAAAGAAGAUCCAGAUGUGUGGGGUUGAGCGCUGGUCUGCCUCUGUUCCUCCACCUCACAUCUGCGGUGUUCGUGUUUUAAAUCAGCUGUAGCAAUGUCAGCUGGAGGGGAUUUUAGGCGCACAGGUGCUGGAUUUUAACCGAAAUCACAAAGAUUAAUAUUUAGUUUGUGCAUUUAUCCGCCACCAGAGGGCGUAGUUGUCCCUCUUUAAAGUCUGCUCAGAUGUAUUUAAGUCAAAACCUUGCUUUUUACUUAUAAUCUCUCACCUUUUUUUGCUACGUUUUCUCACAGGUGAGCGUAUAUGACCCUGUACGUCGGGUGAAUGUGAACCAAAAAAAAGUCUAAUUAAAGAUCCUGGAGAGGAGAGGCAGCGGACGUACAGGGCGACUCCUCCCGCUUGGAGGAGGAGGAAGAGGCGGAGGAGGAGCUGCGUGUGCACCUAAACAGACGGUGAGGGUAAUGCAUUGUGUUCAGUGUGUCAGUCCUGCACGCAGCGCAGUCAAGAGAGCGGCCCAGCCGGUCAAAACAAACCCAGCGGAGGGGAGGUAUCGUUCCUGCUGCUGCGGCUGUCCUCUAUCGGGAAGGAGCGGCGGCGGAGGACGAGUGCUCCGUAGCUUUGACGUGAGCUGCUCUUCGCCUUAAACGGCCCCCCACCCCCAAAACAGCUCCCUGCUCCCAGAAGGGAAAAACAAAACAAGAGGGCAUCAGCUGUAUCAUUUUUUUUUUAACCCGAAGGCCCCGAGAGAGGGAUAAAAAGCGACCGCGAGCCCCGCAGACAUGCCCGGCUUCGACUACAAGUUCCUGGAGAAGCCGAAGAGACGCUUCCAGUGUCCGCUCUGCAGCAAGGCGAUGCGGGAGCCCGUCCAAGUGUCCACCUGUGGACACCGGUUCUGUGACACCUGUCUGCAAGAAUUCCUCAGUGAGGGCGUCUUCAAAUGUCCAGAGGAUCAGCUGCCUUUAGACUAUGCCAAGAUCUACCCGGACCCGGAGCUGGAGCAGCAGAUCCUGGCGCUGCCCAUCCGCUGCAUCCACAGCGAGGAGGGCUGCCGCUGGACCGGACAGAUGAAGCAGCUGCAGGGCCACUUCUCCACCUGCGCCUUCAACGUGAUCCCGUGCCCCAACCGCUGCUCCGUCAAGCUGACGCGCCGCGACCUUCCCGAUCACCUGCAGCACGACUGCCCCAAGCGCAAGGUCAAGUGCGAGUUUUGCGGCAGCGAGUUCACCGGCGAGGCCUACGAGAACCACCAGGGCGUGUGUCCUCAGGAGAGCGUUUACUGUGAGAACAAAUGCGGAGCGAGGAUGAUGCGCCGCCUGCUGUCCCAGCACAGCAUGGCCGAGUGUCCCAAACGGACGCAGCCCUGCAAGUACUGCGGCAAAGAGUUCGUCUUCGACACAAUCCAGAACCACCAGUAUCACUGCCCUCGCUUCCCUGUCCAGUGUCCAAACCAAUGCGGCACUCCCAACAUCGCCCGGGAGGACCUGGCCAACCACGUCAAGGACAACUGCGGCAACGCACUCGUCCUCUGUCCUUUCAAAGACGCCGGCUGCAAACACAGGUGCCCUAAGCUGGCAAUUAGUCGUCACUUGGAAGAGACCACCAAGUCGCACCUCACCCUGAUGUGCAACUUGGUCGGUCGCCAACGGCAAGAAAUCCUGGAGCUGCGACGAGAGAUGGAGGAGCUGUCCGUCAGCCAAGACGGCGUCCUCAUCUGGAAACUCAGUGACUACUCCCGCAAACUCCAAGAGGCCAAACUGCGGAGCAACCAUGAGUUCUUCAGCCCGCCGUUCUACACGCACCGCUACGGCUACAAGCUCCAGGUGUCGGCCUUCCUGAACGGCAACGGCAGCGGCGAGGGCUCCCACCUCUCUGUCUACAUCCGCGUCCUGCCGGGAGAGUACGACAACCUGCUGGAGUGGCCCUUCUCCUACAAGGUGACGUUCUCCAUCCUGGACCAGAGCGACCCGUCCCUCUCCAAACCCCAGCACAUCACAGAGACCUUCAACCCGGACCCCAACUGGAAGAACUUCCAGAAGCCCUGCAGCAGCCGCAACUCGCUGGACGAGAGCACCCUGGGCUUCGGCUACCCCAAGUUCAUCUCGCACGAGGAAAUCAAGAAGAGGAACUACAUCCGAGACAACUGCAUCUUCAUCAAGGCCUCUAUAGAUAUUCCCCAGAAGAUAAUGGGUUGAGACCCAAGUAUUCGUUUUUCUGUCCAUGAAGGAGGAAGAUGGGUUAAAGACUGGAACUGACGCUUAACCUUGAAAACUUCCACACGUUCACCCUUUAGAUCCUUCCUCCCCUGAUAGCCUCUCCGCCGCAGAGCUUGAAGCGAGUUUGGUUUGUGCGAGCUGACUUGGAGGAACUCGCAUCACAAGAGGGGAGAAAAUGUUUGGUCUGCAGAACUGUCACUCGUUGACGUUCCUUUUUUACGUUGUUUUUUCUAUGCGUUUGCUGACCUUUUGAUCACCCUCUGCAACUUAAAGCCUUUGAAAUCAAACAGUGCCUAGAAUGUUUAUCUUGAGUUAUACUUCUGUUUUUGUUUCUGCAGUACCAACACAAGAAGAAUGUGGUAAAGAUAUAGAUGUAUAAGGUUUGAAGGGCAUUUGUGAGUGGAACGAAGCAAAUGUUCAGCACCGCCCCAAAGAAGAGGGACCUACCAGAUUCACACUCAAGCCCAACUGACUUGUUUACACACUCAGACAGUAUCAUGAUCCUUUAACAAACACACCGUCCCCCAUAACUACUACCAAUAAGGUUUAUGUAAACACAAACAUACAAAUACUUUUAGGUGACCUUAAAUAUCUAGAUGUUUUAGUAAAAUGUCUUUGGCAAUUCAUGACUCUCCUUAGGCCAUGAAAACUCUUACGAUAUGCUAAAUGUGAAAUUUCCGUUCCUUGUUUGUUUAACUUACCUUACAGAUUUGAAGACUGAAAAACAAAAUGGUUUUGUUAGGGGAAACCACAGAUAAAAAUUGUAAUCUUGAAUCUAAACAUAAACUUCAGACUAAGCAACUUCCUGUUUUAUUGAUUUUCGGUUUAUGUACCUCCACCGAACUUGGAAUUUCAGGUUAACAUGUCUGACCUUUAGCAGAAUACUGACCACAGCUUCCAGAAACUUAUUAAAAAGACUUAAUAAUUGAGGCUUUAUAGUUUUUACUAUGCGAGAAAGAAAAUUCAUUUGUGCUGAUAAUGAAAUUAAAGCUGGCUUCAGAAUCGCUUAAAUAUCUUGAAUAAGAACCAGAACCGGGAAGAACUUAUAAAACCUCUUUUCAUUUAUCUCUAAAAAAAAACUCAUAUUUUUAUUUCCCUAAAACUUGACAAAAGCACAUAAAACUAAAACUAACAUCCAUUUUCAAAUGGCUAGGUUUAACUUAAACAUUUGAAGAAUAACCAACAUGAACAACUAUUACCAACAUUAAAUGUGAGUCUCACUCCUGGACCUAACCCGUUAAACUAUCUGCUCUGAUUUUAUGUUUUUAUGCUAAGCUAUGCUAACUACAAAUUAGUAGCAUAGCUUUGCAUUGACAGCUACAUACACUUUCAUUUACUUUUUGUAACGGUAAAAAGUCAUUUUGAGUUUUGUUUUUACCUUUUAGCUUUCCAAAAACACUAAUGCAAGAGCGUUGCAAUUAUACAGCUGAAGGCGAUCUUUGAAUAGCUAAUCAUAGCUUAACUCUGAAUAGAAAGUAAGAACCAGCAUAGCUUUUACCACCCAGCAGUAGAUGUAAGAUGUAAUUCCUCCAUACAUAUAGAUGGAGCAAGUUUACUGUUUGUUCCAGAUUUCAGUCCUUUAUGGGUUUUGCAUACUCGCAAGAACUGAGAAAGAUUUUUAUUUUCUCAAGGUGUCAAGAUUUUACAGAAAAGAAACGGCACAAUUCUUGGGACGUCAGCAAAAACUUUUCCCCAUUAAACACAUCCUGUCAUUUUAAAUUUCAAAGGUUUUCCUAGAAAUUUGUUUUCCGAGAUGAUUUGUUGAGAAUACUCUGCAUUCAUUUCCUACUGCCCUGGAAUUUCUCUGCUCUUGCGUAGUAUGCAUAGCCCUUUAGGCUAACGAUUGCUAACAAUUUUCAUUAGCAUAACUUACCCUAAAUAUUCAAACAUCUGUUCACUUGCGUCCUCUAACAGAGAAAGACUGAUUUUAUGUACUUUUUAAAAAAUAUUGCCAAAACCAAGACUACACUUAAAACAAAUUACACGAGAAUGCUGAAUAUGUGUUGGUUGUUACCGUAGCAGGAACUAGCUUGCGCUCUUGUGUAAGUUGUAACCAGAUCAAAGUGUCAGGGGCUCUCUGGUGUACUGAACACACACACACACACACACACACACACACACACACAUACACACACAACUCUAACUGGCUCCUUAUUUAUAGAGUCCUCACACUAAUAAGAGAGGUUACCGUACCUUUUGUCCACUUCCUCCCAACUAUCGGGAUACACGCGUUUUAAGAGUGAAGGAAAAGCCAUGUGGCCUUUUUACACAGUAUGUCUUCGCAUGAGAGUUUUAAGGGUGAGCAGGCAAACGCAUGCUUCAUGUGUCAAAACCUCGUUCUCACGUUUUUUUGUUUUUUUUUUUAAUGUAAGCUGUAUUCUUGAAAUCCUCACUUGUUGAUGACUUUUUGUUAUUUUUCUUUAACCCUUUUCAGUUGACAAGAACCUGUCGGGAAAAAAAAAAACUUUCUGAUUUUGUUUUUAUAAAAUGUGAACCUUGGUGGCAUAACCUAUAAGGACAAUGAACAUUUGACAUUAGUGUGUUGUUUAGCACACGUGGGGAAUGGAAAGGCGUUCAAAGGCUCGGUGUAAUGGGGGGCACUGUUAGCUCAACACACAAUGUGACAACGAGCAGCCCCGUGCUGUACGCGUGUUUUUGUCAAAGCACCAUAAGGAACUGAGAAGACUUUUGCAGUUUACUUAUGAUAUAUGUGAAUACUAGUGUAAAAAAAUGCAGAAGCACAUUCUGUCUUUUUAUUAUUAUACAUGGGGGGAAUUCUUAAUUUCUUGUCAUGAAUACCAGCUGAUAUUUUACAGUGACACAAAAAGGCAAGGAAAUAAAAAAAAAAGACCAAAAAAAACACUUUUUUGUAAGAUUCUGUAUUUUUCAAAACGCUUAACUGUUUUAUACAAGCUCUUUAUGUUGGAGAGUCGGGGUUGACUUUGGGAGUUUUCGGACCCAUUCGUCUUUUGAACAUUUGGAUAAUUUGUUUGUCUGUGUGGUUUGAGCCUGUUCUGUCCAUAUUGUUUUCUCUUAAAAGUAUUUAUUUUAAGGAGCCAUCUGGAGUCUUGACUGAUGGCACAAAUGUUUUAUUAUGUUGAUUGAUGAGUGCUUGUCAAUUUCUUAUGUAAAAUAAAAUACCGUAUAUCA